AUGGAGCAAGAUGAGAAGACGGAGAGCGUGCAUACGCAUGCACAUGCGCAUAUGCCUGUGAUGGAUGGAAUGCAAAAUGCAAAAUACAGUCGGAUUAACGUUUAUGAUGACCCCAUGAUGAAUAUAUAUGAUGGUGACUUGCGGCUGCAAGGAGUACCUAAUACGGAUGUGUUAUGUGUUUGUUCUCUUGGUGCAGUUGGUCAACCCGACUACCAGAUGGAUGGGAAGUGGGGUAUUUUAUCACACACCGUACUCUGCGCCGUAUCUGGCUUUACCGGUACCUAUAACCACGGCAACUAUUUGCUUUUUAUCCCGAAUACCGGCCCAGAGGUAGUACACAGAAAAAAGCCAUGGCGGACCAAACCUAUCGCCGAAUCUUUUAGCACGAUGCUUUGA